AUGUUUCUCACUGCGGCUACUGAUGAUGUGGAUGUUCAACUGAUCCGCAGCACAAAAACCAAUCAGAGCAUACAAUUGGACUACGUGAAAAUGGCUUCUUCACUGCGGCUACUGAAUGUAUGGACGUUUCUGCUCAACCCUUCCGAAUUCGUUGUCGUGUUUGAAAACGCUUACAAUAAAAACUGGGGUUGCAUUUGCGUUGCGUGCGACGUUUGUUUACCUCUGAUAAGUCUACCGGAACAUAAAAAGCGAUCACAGAAAAAACCGACAGACAGUUGGCUCGCUUUUCUCAAUGUUCAGGUUCAGAUCACUGCGGGUACUUUCAAGACGAAAUGGUAUCAAAAGCCGGCUAGUAAGAACAUACUGAUCCAUUUCAGUUCUGUACACCCCUCUAAUACGAAGAAGGCCAUCAUUAGAAAUAUGAUGCGCACCGCCACAACAGUUUCAUCAGGAAGCGACGAAAAGGCUGAAUCGCUCGAAAAGGUUCAGAUCACUGCGGGUACUUUCAAGACGAAAUGGUAUCAAAAGCCGGCUAGUAAGAACAUACUGAUCCAUUUCAGUUCUGUACACCCCUCUAAUACGAAGAAGGCCAUCAUUAGAAAUAUGAUGCGCACCGCCACAACAGUUUCAUCAGGAAGCGACGAAAAGGCUGAAUCGCUCGAAAAGGUGCCAGAGCACAGGAAAACGGCUGUCCCACACCGGAAUGUCCCUUGA